UUGGCUGAAAUGCGAUCCGCGACCCUCAAUCUCAAUCCGAUUCGUCAUCUGCAAUACGUGUGACACGGGCUUCAGAUGAUUGUCGAUUAUUGGUGCGUAUGUUUGGGGGCGUUGAUGCCCGCGACCUGCGCUCGCCCGGGCGUAUCUUGUUUCGUGCCGACGCGACGCUUGGCUCUAAACUCGCAACGUCUCGCCGCACAGUACCGCAGAUUAAUUAGUUCGUGGCGUCGGUAUGUGUUCCGCCGCGUCUAUCACCGAUUCCGACAGCGAUGACGACGAAUACGGUGUCAGCGACGAUGGCGCUAGCGAGAACAGCAGCAACGACGACAACAAUGUGCCGUGCCGCGUACACGAAUUUGGCAAAUUCGAGGAAAACUACGGCUGGAUUGAAUGCCAAUCUAAGAGCGAUCCUAACCGCGUGUACUACUGGAAUACACGCAGCGGCUGCAACACGUGGUGCAGACCGAUCUCGCGCUACAUCGACAUUCCGUUCGUCUCCGUUAGCAGGGCAAAUUGCAUAGGCGUUAACUUGGAAUCGGCCAACGAUUUGGAACUGAUGUCUGUAUCGGACAGCGAGAAGGAACCGAAUGCUUCAGGACGAGUUUCUGCAUGCGAGCAUAACAGGCCGGUGAUCGACUUCUUGGAUAUUAUCGCGCGAUAUUACUAUACUCCUCAGGUGGAACAGAUUCCGAACAGCACGGACAAUUCGUGCAGCUCGACCGACGAAUGCGCGAGCGAAUGUUAUGAAGGGAACGAACGAGCGGACGUGGACGAUGAGAACGGGGAUGUGGACGAUUCAGGAGCGGUUUGUUCACCGUUGUACGCCACAGACCUCCUCGAGACCGAAUUGUUCGUGGAGGAAGGCGUGGUGAACACCGAGGGGACCAAUCGAAUAUUGAAGUCUCUGUUGAAAGAAACCGUCUCCAGCGUGUCCUUCCGAAAGAGACGCGGAAACGUCGUGUACGGCGUGCCGCGCCUGAAGAGGAUCCGCCCCAAGUACCAAUUGAUUAAGCCGAAGAGAACGCGCGUCCUCGAGAGCCAGGACGAGCCAGGACCCAGGAAGAUCAUUAGCGAUAUGUACGGAGUGCGGACAGUCAGCUAUGAUCUGCCCGAGCUGGAUCAGACGUGCGCGGCAGUGGGGGUGAAAGUAACGACGUUGAGCGACAGCGACAGCGACGCGAGCGUACCAUCCACGACGUCGCGACGCCCCAACGCAACGCGAUCGCACGAGUUCGAGUCGAGUCGCGAUAUAGUGAAGGACUUACGUCAACCGUUGCUGAGCGACUCGAGCUCCAGCCCAUCGUCACGGUCCAACACGACCAGCUCCAGCUCUGGCUCCAGCUCUAGCUCUAGCUCUAGCUCUAGCUCCAGCUCCUGCUCCAGCUCCUGCUCGUCGUGUUCGUGCUCCUCGUGCAACACGAGAGCCUGACGCCUGAAAUGUCAAAUUCUCUUGUUAUUUUUUUUACGUGCACGGGGUAUUUUACAUUGACGGAGUCUUCUCGCACUAAUCAGUAUUCUCUCUUAUUGUUAGAUCUUUCAAAUAAUCAGGCAAUUACCGUACAAUUUUUAUUUUGAUGACUGACCAGCAUCUAAGAGUUUAUUAUUUUCUAUUUUACAUAUGACUAGGUGAUUGAUAUCCAUGUGAUAUGUGCCAUCUUCAGUUUCGUAUUUUAGUCCUGUCGACUUCUUCCGUACCUAGUACAGUAUUCAAGUUUUUUCUCCUACGAUCUAUCUUUGUCUUCUACCGCGACGUGCGAGUUUAUAUAUAUAAGUUUAUAUAUAAAACACUCAGCCUCAUGAAUGCCCUUACAUCCGAAGAAAGACGUUAAAGAUAUCCAACAGGAAAAUUUAUUUGUUUUAAUAAAAUUAAUUUUUCUAUCGUAAUAUAUUGACGGCUAUUUUCAGGGGUAAAAGCAUUCAUGACGCCGAGUGUACACUCUGGUACACUUUGGUACAAGUACCAAGCAAUCGCCUAAAGAUAAAAUCGUCUCACUGGCGUUAUAUUUUGUUCUCCACCGGUGGAAUUUUACAUCCUCUCACAAAAGUUGAAAUAAAUCAGAGUUCUAUCCAAAA